AUGAGGCAGAGAACGGGGGCAGCAGUGACAGAGAACGGGGACGAUUCUCUGAAAACUAUCCAGGGCUGGAACUACUGGCGGGGGGAGGAGGUGGAGGAGCCCGGGGCUGGGGCCCUGCACCGACGGUCCAAUGAAGGAGGAGGCUGUUGUUUGAAGAAGCCCACUGCUGCAGGUUCUGUGAACAUCCCGGGAGCCAUGGCCGGCAUCGUUGUGGGUGGAGUGAUCAUGAAGAGGUUCCAGCUAUCGCCCAGGCAGUGCGGAGCAAUGUGCGUCAUGGGCUUGUCGUGCUGCAUCCUGGCCGCUCUGCCGCUGCUCUUCCUCGGGUGUUCCACGCAGCAGUUUGCCAGUACGCACGCUGACCCGCAACUCAGUGGCGGAUUGUGGCACAAUGUAAGUGAAUGCAGCAGCCAUUGUGGAUGUCCCGAGGCAGCGUUCAACCCCAUCUGCGGCUCCGACGGCAUCGAGUACAUCUCCCCCUGCUACGCCGGCUGCGAAGUCGUCAACUUUGAUUAUCGGGAGAAUAAAGUGAUGAAUUACACAACGUGUCGCUGUAUCACCGCGGAGGGUUCUGGGGGAACUGCGACUCCGGGGACAUGUGGGACCGGAUGCCACAACCUCUUCCUGCCAUUCAUGGUGUUCUCCUUUCUAGCCGGAGCCCUCGCCAGCCUUGCCCAGACACCGUCCUUCAUGCUCAUACUCAGGAGUGUGAACCCGGAAGACAAGUCUCUGGCCAUCGGAAUACAGUUCAUGCUUUUAAGAGUUUUAGCCUGGCUGCCGGGCCCCGUGAUGUAUGGCAGAAUGAUUGACAGCACCUGCAUCCAAUGGGGGAAGAAGUGCGGUUCAAAGGCAGCCUGUCAGUACUACAAUAACGAUCUGCUGAGACAAAGGUACAUUGGACUCCAGCUUCUCUUUGAGAUCUUAGCUUUGAUCUUCUUCAUCGCCGCUUUCUUUGUAAUACGUCACAAAGACAACGUCCACCAAGAAGCAGAAAAGGACCCGGAAAUCCACAAGCUGAAUGAGAAACAGGCAACUGUAAAAAUCUAA